CUACUUCCGGUCACAUGACAGUGAUGUCAUCAGCCUGCGCCCGGGUGUGUGCUGUCAUCGGUAAUCGAUAGAACACCGGCUUGUGUAGGAGAUCAGUGUAGCAGGGAGGGACAGGAUGGCCGGAGGUCUGCUGAGUUGGUGUGUCAGUGAGCUGGAAAGUCGCUUUGGUCUGAGUGUCAGUGAGGACAUCGUGCAAUACAUCCUUUCUAUUGAUACAGAAGAAGAGAUUGACGAGUAUGUCAAUGACCUGGUCCAGGGCGCUGAGGAGAGGAAGCAGAUAUUCAUACGUGAGCUUAAACAUAGGUGGAAAAGGACCAGACAGCCAUGCAGCUCCAACUACGCUCAAAUCGUUAGGAAAGAUGAUACGGAAGUUUCUGGCCCAUUGUUGCCAAUAGACCAGCCAAAAAAAGGAGGUAGGCGUAAAGGAAGGAACAAGAUGGAGCCGCUGCUGGUGUGUGCUUUGACUGAAACUGCUGUAGAAGAGGUCAAAACGCCUAUGGAUCUGGCCAAGGCUCAGGAAACAGCCUCUCUCUCGUCCUCAAAGAAAAAACAGAAGUAUGUCAAAUUGUACACCAAAGAGGGACAGGACCGACUGACUGUGCUGAUUCCUGGGCGUCAUCCAUGUGAGUGCCUGGCCCAGAAGCAUAGUCUCAUCAACAACUGUAUGGCAUGUGGACGUAUUAUAUGUGAACAGGAGGGGUCUGGACCUUGUCUGUAUUGUGGAAGCUUGGUUUGCACAAAGGAAGAGCAAGAUAUUUUAAUGAGGGACUCCAACAAGAGCCAGAAAUUAAGGAAGAAACUAAUGGGAGUUUCUGAUGUCUCGGUAAAGAUGGAUGGCUCUUCAAUGGAUCUACUCCCACGUCAAGAAAUGCGGAUGAAGGAGGGUUUAGAAAGGGCUUUGCAGCAUCGUGAUAAGCUUCUAGAGUAUGACAAGACUAGUGUACGGCGCACACAUGUGAUUGAUGAUGAGUCGGAUUACUUCUCCGCUGAUUCCAAUCAGUGGUUGUCCAUGGCAGAAAGGGAAGUCCUUCGUAAGAAGGAACAAGAGCUGCUAGAACUGCGUCAUGCUUCCAAAAGCUCUCGUAAAGUCACUAUUGACUUUGCGGGCCGUAAGGUUUUUGAGGAAGGAGACCGUCUCACUGAAUAUCACACACGAUUUGAUGAGACCGUACAGGCUGUUAACGCUGGAACAAUAGUAAAUCUAAAGAAGAGUCCAGGAGAUAAUCGUUUUGAGUCCAGUCUUCUGAAUCCACAACUGAUGAUGCCACCACCUGUGUGGGUAGAUCAGGCGACAAACCGAAGACAAACCUUUGUAGAAGCUACAGCAGAGAACACGGACCGGAACAGGCUUCGAAUACAGGACCGGGAAUUGCAGGCGAUCAGUGACCAGGGAAUGUGUUUAAGCAUGCAUCAGCCCUGGGCAUCUCUCCUUGUUGCAGGCAUUAAAAGGGUGGAGGGUAGGACGUGGUACAGUGCUCAUCGAGGCCGUCUGUGGAUAGCAGCAGCUGCCAAAAGACCUUCCCCACAGGAGGUCUCGGAGAUUGAGGCUUCAUACCGAGUGCUACUUAACAAAGGUAUUUAUUUCCCCAAGGAUUAUCCAACUGGCUGUCUGCUUGGCUGUGUGGAAGUGGCUGACUGCUUAUCACAUGAACAGUUUGAAGAACAGCAUCCUUCUCUACGCCAAGAAUCGGCAUCGCCCUUUGUAUUUGUUUGUAUCAACCCUCAAGAACUGCCAAUUAAAUUUCCCAUUAAGGGACAACACAAGAUUUGGAAGUUGGAUUCUAAAAUUCACCAAGGGGCCAAAAAAGGGUUAAUGCUCAGAAAAGAGAAGAUGGCACAACCAUGAAACCAGCAAGUAGAGCCAGAUGGAAAUCUGCAAACAAAGCAGCCAGAUUUUGGUUUAAUAAAUAUUGUACACAGUGCUGUAUUUACAUAUGCUGGACCAAAGUGCUUUUCUGUAAACCAACAUAAAAAAUUAUAAACAUAUUUUAUUAUAUGCA